AUGCUUAUACAUCUCUCGAGAUUGCCCGAUGUGAUUGCCGACGGCAGAACGUGCAAGGAGAACGGACGAACCUACUGGCAAGAUAUCCCCGAAUUCAGUUUCUGGUUUUCCGAAGAGGCUCUUCAUGUGCACGCCAUCCACGAUAUAGAUCUAGGAAACUGCCCCUUGACCUGGCAACAACAAGCACAACGAUACAAAGCCGCCAAUACCUUUGCUGCACUGUACCUUUCUGCCCUCACACCCUCCAUCACUCACGAAUGGAAAAGUAUACAACGUAUCACUAGAGAUACUCUUACACAAGCUCUAGAGGUGGAAAUCGUGAGUUACUCUCAAAUCAGAAGAGCAGGCAUCUACAUUCCCGCAGCAGCGCAAUGGCUCCUUCAUUCUGCACCUCUGAUCUGGGAGUUCUGCAAGAGAAAAUGUUUGUGUAGCGGGGACAUGGAGGAGAGAGAUUGGAUCGGCGGCAGUGAUGGCAGCGAGGCUUUAUGGCAAGGCGAGGAUGGAUUCAGGGUUGAGCGCUGGGUGUUUUGGAAAGAGAGGUUUGCAGAUGUGGCACGCUUGAAACGGAAGGGCUUUGCUGGGCGCGUGAUUGACGAUGUGGUGAUGUGUGCAAGAGAUGCGGGUAAGAUGAUGGGUGCGGUCGAACAGGAGGAUGCGUUUGCGCUGGAUGGACUGGCGAUGGUGUUUGACGGCGACGGGGCCUCGAGCUGA